AUGUCCGCUGCGGACUUUCAGGCUCUGGGAGUGGAUAUUUCAAAAAUUCCAGCGCUCGCUCCACCUCCUGGAGUCAUUCCGAAUUUCGUGAACCCGGUAUCUCGAGCUUAUCAAGCUCAGAUUGCGGUUGGAAUAUGUUUCCCUAUCAUGGCUGUUUUCGUGUUGCUCCGGGUAUAUUGUAAACUCUUCGUUACGCAAAAUUGGGGCUUUGACGAUUGGACAACUAUGCUGGCAGUUGCAGUAGCAUGUGCAUUCCAGGGGCUUGGUCUAUCAGUCAUCGGGCACCCUUUGGGUCCUCACCAGUGGAAUGUGCCAUUGAGUGCAUUCGACGACAAUUUCCAGAAGCGGUCCCUGUCAGGCUCCCUCGCCUACCACUGCACAGCUACCUUAGUCAAAUCGGCCAUCUUGCUUCUCUAUUUUCGCAUUUUCAAGCCUAGCAAAGCCGCGCGACUCUUGAUCUACGGAGGAAUAGGCACGAUCGUUGCCUUUUAUUUGAUCACGUUUAUAACCAAUCUGAGCCUCUGCGUACCUCGUGCCAGUGAUGUAGGGGGCUGGACAUCCGCCACUUCCCAGGCUCGCUGUGCUCUUCCGAACCAACGUCUUGCUUUAGGUUCAGGAAUAUUCAGCUUUAUCAGUGAUGUCUAUGUUUUGUCGAUUCCAAUCUUCCUGGUCUCUGCCCUCCAACUGCCGCUGCGCCGAAAGAUCGGUGUGGCGGCGAUUUUUCUUACUGGAACAAUCGCAUGUGCUUGCUCUCUGACCAGUUUAAUAUAUCGGGUGAGAUUCAACGGUCAGAAGGACUUUGCCUGGACGGCAGUUCCUGUGUAUACAUGGUCGUUUGCUGAAGUCAACAUUGGAAUUGCCACUGGAUGCAUGCCAACCGUUGCGCCGUUGUUCCGCUCGGAAAGGCGGAAAGGCUUCAGAAUUCCUGGACUGAGCUACUUCCGAUCCCGCUUUAGCUCCAACCGCUCACGGCAGCCCCUCGUUCAUGACCCUUCAUACAGACCUCCAUAUCCAGAACACCCUGGUAUGGGUGCUCUGAAGAAUGGAGAUAGCCACACCGAACUGGGAAGUGCUAGGAGUGUAGCUCAGGAUUGGCCCUGA